CAAUAUGGCAGAUGUUAUUCAUAACCCUCUUAUCGCAGAAGCACAGCAACGUGCAGAUGAAAAGCGCCUGGAAGGCAAUAAGUUCUUUGGUGAAGGCGAUUACCCAGUUGCCGUUGAGCUCUAUACCCAAGCAAUAGGAAUAUUAAGAAAAGCGAUAGAAGAAGCUAAUGUACGCCAGAAUAGCGAGAAUUCCACAAAUGUGGAUACCUUGUCUUCCCAAACGAAUAUCCACCAACUCUAUACUAACAGAGCGUUAUGCCACAUUAGAAUGGAGAAUUACGGGCUCGCUGUAUUGGAUGCAGAUGCCGCCAUUAUGGCGCAGCCUGAGUACUCCAAGGCGUACUACCGACGUGGUUGUGCUUAUAUCUGCCUUAUGAAGUUCGAAGAUGCAGAAAAGGAUUUCGUCAAGGUGCUAACCAUGCAGAAUGAUGCUAUGACACGCACCAAACUCAAACAAUGUCGAGUCAUUCUCCGAGAAAAACGGUUCCAAGAGGCCAUCAAAAUAGAAACUCCACCGCCUCUGCACAUGACUAUAGACGUUGAAUCCAUAAGUGUUGAUCCGUCUUACAAAGGGCCUGUAUACACUGGAGAAAUUGCCGACAAAGGGCGCUUUUACAAGGAUGUUCUUGAUUAUAUCAAGAUUCCCGGCAAUACAUUACACCGCAAAUAUGUCAUUCAAAUAAUCUUGGAUGUGAUUAAUAUAUUGAAAGAGUAUGACUCCGUAGUGGAUCUGUCUUUAACAGAGAAAGACGACAUAACAAUUUGCGGUGAUAUACAUGGCCAGUUUUACGAUUUAUUGAAUAUAUUCGAAAUAAAUGGGUCACCCAGUGAAACUAAUGGGUACCUAUUCAACGGAGACUUUGUCGACAGAGGCUCAUUUUCCGUUGAAUGUGCCAUUGCACUAUUCCUGGCCAAAGCAUUUUACCCCAAGAAGUUCUUCAUUACGAGAGGUAACCAUGAAACUGAGGCUUUGAACAAGUGCUACGGGUUCAAAGGCGAGGUUAUCAGUAAAUACGACGACAAGGUGUACACUCUCUUCUGUGAGAGUUUCUGCUACCUGCCAUUGGGAUACAUCAUAAACAAAAAGGUUUUGAUUGUCCAUGGAGGUCUAUUCGGCAAUGACGGUGUCACUGUGGAGCAAAUGAAACAAGUGGACAGAGUCCGUGAACCUCCAGAUGAAGGAAUAAUGACCGAUAUGUUAUGGUCAGAUCCGAAACCCAGUAACGGAAGAACCCCGUCAAAGCGCGGAGUAGCGUGCCAAUUCGGCCCAGAUGUUACAUCAAACUUCCUACAGCAAAACGGACUGGAGCUAAUUAUAAGGUCGCAUGAGGUCAAGCAAGAAGGUUACGAAUUGGAACAUAACGGACAACUCAUAACUAUUUUCAGCGCACCUAACUAUUGUGACCAAAUGGGUAAUAAAGGUGCAUUUAUAAGGAUGAAUGGAAGUGAUUGUAAGCCCAAGUUCACACAGUUCGACGCAGUUGAACACCCACCCGUUAACGCGAUGCAAUAUGCCGACCCGUUAUUCAACGGUAUCUACUGAAGGCCUAUCGCAGACGU